UUUGCGUUCAGUAACUUCUGUCUCACAUUUUCGACAAUUUAACGCGUCCGUACGAAACAAAGUCUUCUUUCCUGUAGGAGGCGCGCAUCUUCGGUGAAACUGCAGAAUACAAUCCUGAUUUGGUCGUGAAUCGUUUCACACUGGUCUCGAGCGUUUGCUGUCGCAGUUACAAUCCAAGAGUAUAUUAGUUGUUGGCAGCGAUUUCAUUUCUGAUUUUUAUUUAUCUGUUAGAUGAGUUGUCUUCGACAUGAAGAACAUUUUUAUGUUUUUAAUCCUGCCUUUGUACAUUGCUCGUGAUUCCGAAGCAAUACCAGCAAAAAUCCCUGGAGUGUCUUGUACUUUCAAAGAGAAGACGUACAGCCCUGGCGACAGCUGGCAUCCCUAUCUCGAGCCGCAUGGAUUCAUGUUCUGCAUGCGAUGCGCGUGCACAGAGACUGGCCGUGUGAAAUGUAGCACCAUUAAGUGUCCGGUCCUUCGCUGUGAGAACCCAGUAACUGAUGCUCAGCAGUGCUGCCCCCGCUGUACAGAUCAGCACAGAAGCCCAGCAGGGCUUAGGGCGCCAGUGAAAGUCUGUCGCCACAACGGGACCGUGUACCAACCGGGAGAGACGUUCGCCAACCACGACCUCUUCCCGUCCAGGCAGGAAAAUCAGUGCGUCAUGUGCACCUGUUCCAAUGGAAACAUUUUCUGCGCCCUGAAGACUUGUGUGAUACCCACUUGCCCAUCGCCGGUCUCUGUCUCGGACACAUGUUGCCUCGUGUGCAAAGAUGCUGGCAUUAAUGUUAAUUCUGCGUCAAUAGAAGAUGGAGGACUGCAGUUAAACCGAGGAGUUAGACACUCACAGGACCUGUGCGUUGGGGAGCAGCCAGGGGGACGGGCUGUCCGGGCCACUCCGUCCACGGCCAGGACACCCCCCAAAAGCCUGACCCUCCAGGGCCUGCGACUGAAAGGGGCGGCAGGGACCACGGUGAAGAUCGUAAUGCAGCAGAGCCAGCAGAGAGCUUGCAUGUACAGCGGCAAAACCUAUUCCCAUGGAGACGUGUGGCACCCGGUGCUGGGCAAGGUGCUGGAGUGCAUCCUGUGCACCUGCACCGACGGCGUGCAGGAGUGCAAGCGCAUCACGUGCCCCAGUCAGUAUCCGUGCCAACACCCCGAGAAAACCCAGGGCAAGUGCUGCAAGACAUGCCCAGACCUGAAGGAAGAGGCCAACAGGACGCAGUGCCUCUUGGAACGCGACCACAACAGCCUUCUGGUUUACAAGUUUGAGCCGGGUUCCGAGGCCGAUUCGAAGGGUUCCGUCAGGAUAAUCGCCAUCGAAAGGCGAGGAGCGGCCGAGGUCGAAGUGCAAGUGUGGAAGACCGUUGAGGCAGGAGGUCUGCACUUGAUGGAGAUGGGAGAACUUCAGAAGAAAGAUCUUACAGAGCAUCCUGAGAACUAUGUCUUACUGACCACGCUCGAUGAGGAGACUUGGAAGAAAUUCAAGGAGGGUGCAAACAAGGGAAAGGAAUUCCCAAAAGGCAGAACCUGUGAGGAGGGAAUUAAAGAGGUGCUGAGGUUUCUAAACCUCGAGCAGCUUGACAGCUUGUGUACCUCUUAACAUCUCUGCUUCGCCUCCGGACUGUUGGAAAAAGAACUUUCAAGAAAUACCCAGCCAGUGUGAUGACACUCUAGAAAAUUUGUACAAAGUACUUUGCUGCAUUUUCAUCUGUGGACCUCGGUGCCUGUUACGUAUUUCUCUUCUCGAUGACUAGACACCGAUCGUCUGUAGCCUGCUUACAUGAGUUUAUACCAGACGUUUUCCAUGUUCUCUGUUUAACCAAAGCUUUGAACCUGGCUGGGCUUUUCAUAACAGACUGGACCCCUUGAAGCUCCUACCAGGGAUUAGUGUGGACAACUGUCUACAUGCUGAUCCUUGGUGGUGGUUUUUAAAUGGAGUCAGAUAAGGAACAUUCUGAUCUAACAUGGAGUGGAACGCACUAGAGUCCGAAGCACCUUUUGUUCCUUCUUUCUCAUGCUUGACAGUUGACAUUCUUCAGGAGUAGCGAAUUGCUUCAUCGAAGACAAAUAGUUGAAUACUGCUUACACAAAGCUGUACAACCAUUGAACCAAGGUGGUUUUUUUAGAAAAACAAUAAUCCUGAUUUAGAAUCCGGUGUACUUAAUAUCAUAAGCUACAGCUGUUUUUGUAAAUAUUUAAGAUGAAUCACCGGGGAAAAUUAAACAGUCUCCUGGCCAAGACACUUUUAUAAAGUUGAUAUAGGCCAUACUGCCAUUGCUGUACUUUGUUUUCUGGGAAAUACUGCUGUAAGGUGUAGUAUGCAUUUCCAGUAUGUAUCGUGGAUCGAGAGUCAUAUUUAUUGUAAAUAAAAGUUAACGCAAUGUACAU